UUUGGCGGCUUCUGUCCUGUCCGUCAGGUAAUUGCACGGUUUACGGAAAUUCGGUCUGUGGGUCCUGUCAGGAAACUGCAAGGCAGGUCGUAAGCAUGAAGCGCAGUUCAGUUUCUACCGGGGGUGCUGGCCGCCUCUCUAUGCAGGAUUUAAGAUCCCAAGACUUCAAUAAACAAGGCCUCUAUACCCCUCAAACCAAAGAGAAACCAGCCUUUGGAAAGUUGAAUAUAAACAAACCCACAUCUGAAAGAAAAGUCUCCGUAUUUGGUAAAAGAACUAGUGGACCUGGAUCCCGGAACAGCCAAUUUGGUAUAUUUUCCUGUUCUGAAAAAAUCAAAGACCCAAGACCACUUAAUGACAAAGCAUUCAUUCAGCAGUGUAUUCGAGUACUCUGUGAGUUUCUUACAGAAAAUGGUUAUGCGUAUAGUGUGUCCAUGAAAUCUCUACAAGCUCCUUCUGUUAAAGACUUCUUAAAGAUCUUCACUUUUCUUUAUGGCUUCCUGUGCCCUUCAUAUGAAUUUCCUGACACCAAGUUUGAAGAAGAGGUUCCAAGAAUCUUUAAAGGGCUUGGGUAUCCUUUUGCAUUAUCCAAAAGCUCCAUGUAUACAGUGGGGGCCCCUCAUACAUGGCCUCACAUUGUGGCAGCCUUGGUUUGGCUAAUAGACUGCAUCAAGUUACAUACUGCCAUGAAAGAAAGCUCACCUUUAUUUGAUGAUGGACAACCAUGGGGAGAAGAAACUGAAGAUGGAAUUAUGUAUAAUAAGUUGUUUUUGGACUACACCAUAAAAUGCUAUGAGAGUUUCAUGAGUGGUGCCGACAGCUUUGAGGAGAUGAAUACAGAGUUGCAGUCAAAGCUGAAGGAUGUAUUUAAUGUAGAUGGUUUCAAGCUGGAAUCAUUAGCAGCAAAAAACAAAGCACUGAAUGAACAGAUUGCAAGAUUGGAACAAGAAAGAGAAAAAGAACCGAAUCGUCUAGAGUCAUUGAGAAAACUGAAAGCUUCCUUACAAGCAGAUGUUCAGAAAUAUCAGGCAUACAUGAGCAAUAUGGAGUCUCAUGCAGCCAUUCUUGACCAGAAAUUGAAUGGUCUCGAUGAAGAAAUUUCAAGAAUAGAACUAGAAUGUGACACAAUGAAACAAGAGAAUACUCGACUACAGAAUAUUGUUGAUAACCAGAAGUACUCAGUUGCAGAUAUUGAGAGAAUAAAUCAUGAAAGAAAUGAAUUGCAGCAGACCAUUAAUAAAUUAACGAAGGACCUGGAGGAUGAACAACAGCAGUUAUGGAAUGAGGAGCUAAAAUAUGCCAGAGGCAAAGAGGCGAUUGAAACACAAUUAGCAGAGUACCACAAAUUGGCUAGAAAAUUAAAACUUAUUCCUAAGGGUGCUGAGAAUUCCAAAGGUUAUGACUUUGAAAUUAAGUUUAAUCCUGAAGCUGGUGCCAACUGCCUUGUCAAAUACAGAGCUCAAGUUUAUGUACCACUCAAGGAACUCUUGAACCAAACCGAAGAAGAAAGUAAUAAAGCUCUAAACAAAAAAAUGGGGUUAGAUGAUACUUUAGAACAAUUAAAUACAAUGAUAUCAGAAAGCAGAAGAAGUGUAAGGACUCUGAAAGAAGAAAUUCAAAAGCUGGAUGAUCUUUACCAACAAAAAGUCAAGGAAGCUGAGGAAGAGGACAAAAAAUGUGCCAAUGAGCUGGAGUCCUUGGAGAAACACAAGCACAUGCUGGAGAGUGCUGUUAAGGAGGGCCUCAGUGAAGCUAUGAAUGAAUUAGAUUCUAUUCAGCGGGAAUACCAACUAGUUGUACAGACCACAACUGAAGAAAGACGAAAAGUGGGAAAUAACUUGCAGUGUCUUUUAGAGAUGGUUGCUACACAUGUAGGGUCUGUGGAGAAACAUCUUGAGGAGCAGAUUGCUAAAGUUGAUAGAGAGUAUGAAGAAUACAUGUCUGAAGAUCUCCUGGGAAAUAUUAGAGAGAUUGGAGACAAGUAUAAGAAGAAAGCUGCUUUAAUUAAGUCUUCUGAUGAAUGAACAUAAAAUGCUGAUUAUCUAAAGAAGAACUUUAUUAACAGUGUAAAUUUUGAAAUGUCCUUUGUAGGUUUGAAAAAUCUUUAACAUACCCUAUAUCCCUUCUUACAAUGAAGUCUCAUGACCACAUCUUCCCAUGCCUGUGAAAUAUUUUUAUAGCUUUUAUAAACCUGGUUCAUUGCCUUAAAUUAUGCAUAACCUAAAAUUAUGAUACUUUGUUGGUUGGUUAUCUUUAGAUGUGAAGGACCACUUACGUACCCAGAAUUAAUAAAAUGUUAUCAGUAAAGUAUGUUUUUUCCCUGAUUUCUCUGCCUAACUUCAGGUGCUUAGAAAGGUAUUUUGAUCUAAACCAAGAGUCAGCAAACUAACUGUGGGCCAAAUCUAGUUACACCUAUUCAUUGACAUAUCAUCUGUAACGGUUUUCACACUACAAUGACAGAGUUCAGUAUAUGUGACAGAGACCAUACAGCCCGCAAGGUCAAAAGUGUAUACCUUCUGGUCCAGUACAGAAAAAGAUUGCCAUUCCCCAGUACGGACUAUACAAAGGUUGGUACAGUUCAAGUAGAAACUUUCUUAAUAAUUCUGGAUGUGUAAUCCAACCCACUCCUUAUUCAGAGCCAAGAAGCUAAAGUUCUUUCUGGCUUCUUGCCAUCUGUACUCUGAAAUAAGCAGAAAAAUAGAAUGUGAGAAUCAUAAGAAAUAAAAUAACCUAGUUCAGCGCCUCAUUUUAGAGAUGAGAAUUCAUUCCUAGAGAAGUUCUGAUUUACCUCAGGUCACAUCUCUUAGUGGUACUUACUGGAACUGGUAAACAAUCCUGAGUACAGCACAAGAACCAUGAAAUAUGAAUGUGCUGGAUGGUGAGGAAAUUGUGUUAUAAUGUGAGAUUUUUAGACAGGUCU